AUGGUGGCGCGGCCACGGGGCCACCCCAAGGCGGUGGCGGGGCGCAGUCCCGAGCCUCAGGGCGAGCAGGGGCACGGCCACGGGCCCCAAGGGCCCCCGGCGGCAGCAUGGCAUGGACCGCCAACUGCGGUGGCGCGGCCACAGACUGCUGACAGCGGCGCGUCACGGACCCCCGGCUGCGGCGGCGCGGCCACAGAACGCCCCCCGACCACCGAGGCGGCGGCGGCGCGGUACGCCCCCUGCGCGAUCCAACCGCGGGCAGCGGAUUCCGCGCCCAAACCCAAGCCCCGCGGUGGAUCCGGCCAUGGGGGCCCCGGAUUCGGCGAGGAGCAGGCCGGGACCGGCCCCGGCGGCUGCCGGCGGCGAAGAAACGACGAGGUCCCAAGGGCGGGAAGAGGAAGGAGGUGA